AUGUUACGCUCAUUGCUGUCCAUCGCCCGCGGCUCCGAGCCCGACUAUGUUUUCCCCAAAGUGAAUCCCGAGGAAGACGGACCAGACUGUCUGAAAGAUUGCGCGGAUUGCACGACACAGUUCCCAGCGAAAGUGAAAGUGGAAAAUUCCAUGCCACUAUACGGCCACAUCAAGGAGUUUCACUCGCACGUCUUGGUCGCGACGGGGCGGUCUGACUGGAAAGAGAAGGUCGGACAAGAGAGGGGGAGUCUCAUGGAGGCCUUUGAGGAUUCUUCGGCAAAGUCAAAACGAGGCCGCUACAUGGUGUCCGCAUCCAAUAUCCAACCAGCAGAUCACGAUGGCAAGGAGAUUGAGGCCAACCAGCCAACGUCGGUUCUUAUCUUGCCUUCGUUCACAUUUGUGGAUUCCGUCUCUCAAGCAGAUGUUCCCAACCUGGUUCAUCGAUUUAUCGACAGCUCUGCCGGUGAAAAGAACAGUAGUGGCCAAAUUUGUCAAGAGGCAGGAAUGACCACACGACCAUGCGAGCUCGACUACGUGAUUCUACUCUGUUCGCACAAGCGACGAGACGCGCGAUGCGGUAUUACAGCUCCUUUGAUCAAGCGCGAACUCGAGCGACACCUUCGGCCUUUAGGGUUGGACCGCGAUGCUGAUGACUCGCGGCCUGGUGGCGCGGGCAUCUACUUUGUCUCUCAUGUCGGCGGGCACAAGUUCUCUGCCAAUGUGCUCAUUUAUCGAAAGAAAGAUCAGCAGAUGAUUUGGUUGGCGCGUGUGAGACCGGAGCACUGCGAAGGGAUUGUGAAGUAUACGAUACUGCAAGGGAAGGUGGUGCACCCCGAAACGCAGCUUCGGGGUGGUUUCGAUCGAGUACGGGGGUUGACGAGCUGGUGA